GGACACAGGCUCGUCAUCCCUUCUACAAUGAGAAAUUAUGUUCUCGCCAAAUUGCAUGAAGGACACCAAGGCGUGGUGAAGUGUAGACAGCGGGCACGACAGUCAGUAUGGUGGCCCGGGCUUAGCCAGCAGCUGAAUGAAUUGGUUCUCAACUGCCGAACAUGCUGUAAGGAGAGACAGAACCACAGGGAGCCGCUGAUGCCGUCACCAUACCCAGGCCGACCAUGGGAGAAGUUAGGAGCUGAUUUGUUCAUGCUCGGUACCAAGACCUACCUGCUGGUAGUGGACUACAUGUCAAGGUAUGUGGAGAUUGCUUUGCUGACCUCCACAAGAUCAAACGAUGUAAUCCACCACCUAAAAUCGAUCUAUGCACGUCACGGAAUCCCGGAUCUUCUCGUGUCGGAUGGUGGGCCCCAGUUCUCCGGAGCAGGCUUUGCCGAGUUCGCAGAGUCUUACGGAUUCCGUCACAUUACCAGUAGCCCAAGAUACCCUCAAGGGCUACUCCUCUCGACAAUGGGUAUAGUCCAGCGCAGCUUCUCAUGGGGAGGAGGCUCCGCACAACAGUGCCUAUCCUUCCUGUUUUGCUAAAUCCUGCUCUUCCUGAUAGUGAAGCUGUUAUGCGGAAAGAAGGGGAGAAGAGGACAAAAGAUGCACAACGCUACAACCUGCGGCAUCGUGCAAUGAACCUUGACAGACUGAAUCCGGGACAGGACGUGUGGAUCAAGGACCAAAAGAAAGCCGGAGCUAUCAUCGGACGUCACACCACUCCACGAUCGUAUCUGGUGGAAGGACCCCAUGGGUCUAUCAGACGGAACCGUCGUCAUCUCAUCCCUAUGGGAUCCUCGCCGGAGCAGAGUGGCCGUGGUGCAGC